CCUAACAACAGCUGCUGCAGCUGCAAAAGAGAGAGAAAGAGAAAGAUCAGGAGCAGUAGAAGUGACCUGGCCCCUGCAACAGCUUUAACAUGAACGUCUACCUCUUUGUGUAUGACUUAAUGCAAUUCUGUGGACAUUCCUGGAUAUUUACCAAUAUGAUCAUCAGGUUCAUGUCAUUUGGUAAAGAUUCGUUGGCCGACACAUUUUACUCCAUAGGGCUUGUGAUGCGCCUUUGCCAGCUGUUAUCAGUACUGGAGAUCCUACACAUCCUUGUUGGUAUUGAUAAAAGUCGUCUCUUCCCUCGCUUUUUGCAGAGUUUGUGCAGCAGGAUAAUCAAUGCCACCAUAAGAGACCCUAGGUGUGAAAUGGAGCGACCUGAGCAAGAAACUUCUGACCCUGUUGGGGCACUGCAGCCACGGUGGUGCUUCUGGGGCAGCGCAGACGAGAUCACUGAGAGAAUAAUUGUUUUAUUUGUCGUCAUCAACAGUCAGGAAGAAGUGCAAGGGAAAUAUGUCGUGUGUGUUUUAUUUUUCCUCUGGAAUUUAUUAGAUGUGGUCAGGUACACUUACAACAUGCUAGCAAGGACAGGAAUAUACUAUCUACCACUGACAUGGCUCAAUUUCUCACUGUGCAUCCUGCUCUACCCUCUCUCAGUGCUGGCUAAAGCAUUUGCCAUCUGUGUAUCACUGCCCUAUUUUGAAUCCUUUGGCACAUACUCCAUCAAGCUGCCCUUUCCAUUCGCCUUCUCCAUCUACUUCCCCUAUGUUCUGAAAGCGUACUUGCUAGUGCUGUUCAUAGGCAUGUACUUCAUCAUCCAGAAUAUCUUCUCAGAAAGGAAAGCUCACCUAGGGUCAGGCAACAUCAAAAAGAAGAGAAGCUAAGUUGAUAUUUUGUUCGGAAAUAAGGAGUACAUUCUCAGUGGGCUGCAGCCCAUCACAUGUAAAUACAUUACACAAAGAUUUUCAAGGCACAAGUCAUUUACAUGCACAUCAUCUGGCCAUGUGGAAUUUUCAGAAAAUGGAAGUCUCUUUAAGAUAACUCAAAAUGGAGCAGCUCAAAAUCAUUAGUUACCUUUGAAAGUCUUGACUUCAAAGGGCAGCCAUCUUAAAAGUGAAUGCAUUUUUUCUAACAUCUAUUAGAAAACUCUGGAAAAAAAGAAUCAGAAAAAGCACUCCCACCCUCAUUGCACCCACAUGGAUGCAAAUCAGAUACGCAAAUACUGAAUUGGCUGAAACUGGAAUCUCUUAUAGAGCAGAAGCUGGAAAUUUUAUAAUCUGUGAGAUUCAAAUGUGAACUAGCCCCAAGCAUCCACAAAGAAUCCAAACAUUCUGGCCCAGCAUUCCCUUCUCCAAAUAAGAUUCUAGAAGAAAAUGCAACUAAAACCUGAAGGCAAGUGACCAGGUGCUCAUCCACUACGUUUCCAAGGGGAUAUUUAAAGGGCAAAAGUAAAGGUUAUAAUCUUGCUUCCAGCAGACAAUAGGAAGAAUCUCUUCCCCACACCACCUUUUUCCUUCCUUGAACAGGAGACAGGUUAAAAAAAAAAAAAAAAGCAGCAUGAGGUAGUCAGGCCAAGAUAUAUGUUGUCUUGAAAACUGAGUUACUGAGAAAACUUGCCCCUUGUACUUCUAUUUUAUUAUCUGCAAGAGGAAUGCAACCAGAACGCAGCAUCUUUGAGAUGGAGAAUCAAAAGCAGAGCCAGCAACCCAGAGGAUGUGGCAAAGCAGAAAAUGGACUAUAUACUUUGUUUGCACAAAGAACUGCUUAGAGGUAUGCAGGGACUCAUUCUCAUGUUUUUUUAUCAUCUGCCUACGGACUUGAACUCAAAGCAGAAGUGAGGCUGUUCAACUGAGCUUGACUGAAAAGUGGAGUGGGGAAAGGGAAGAUACUAGUUAAUGUGAUUGUGUUCAUUUUCCUUCAUGAAGCAGCUUUUGCCUGUACAACUUUCUAAAUCAUGCAGCUAAAAGGGUGUCCAGACUGUUGUAAUAAGCAAAAAGCGCGGCUGUUCCUGAUCAGCUCAGUUAUUAUGAAAGGUCACAAAUUACUACUUUUAUUGAGUGUACCUGGUAGAUAUUGUGCCUGUAAACUGUUGAUGCCAUUGAAGUAUUCCGGAAACAACUAAUGGGGUCACUGCAUGUAACAGUAUAGGGGCCACCUUUGAUUUUUUAAAAGUAGCUCAGAGGGAGGUAGGAAUUUGGACCUUCUUAGAGAAACAGAAAUACUUCCACUUUGGACUAGUGACCUAAACUGAUAUGGUGCUCACAGCUUGGAUGAAGAAAAGUAUAAAGAAGGUGAAUAGGAUGCCAGCUUCAUAGAAGAGAGCCAGAACAAGAAGAGUUCAUAAUCAAACCAUUAUGAACACACUAAAGGUGGAAAAUGGACUUUUUUCCCCUUCAGCAAUUUGAUCCAACUUGUCAUAAUAUUGUCCGUAGUUAAGAUACCCUGGAUGAGGAAACACAAUAUCUGAUAUUAAGACUUUUAAAAACUAUAUAUAUACUUAAAACAAUAAAGAUUUAGGAUGGCUUGCUCUUCCUUUGCACUGAUUCUUAAAGCUGGCUAAAAGGCUUGAACAAUAGGAGGAGUCUUUAAAAUUUAUGAGGGGGAGGAGUUCCAAACCUAAACUGCAGGAAACAAGUAAGUUACUUAGAGAAGACUUCCCUCCAGCUUCUUGUGCAGAGGUGACUUGGAGCCGGCACUGGUGAGAUUCAAGGAAUCAGCCUUCCAUGACCAUUUACAGCAGGCCACCGUAACUUUGGCUCUAAAGCCUUAUCUUAGUUUCUGGGAAAACUCAAGGAUGGAUAGGUAGAAAGAUAUCUUACCUUGCCACCUGUGGGAACUUAAAUCUUAGAUCAAAACUUGAAUCAGUCUAAAAUCCCAGCAAACCUGUAUUGCCAUUUAUGUCAUCUGAUGUUGGAAUCAAAUAAACAUU